AGGAGAAACAUAUGACAGUCGACAGUCAUAUUUGAGUUGACAGACUAUGAAAUGUAAAUUAUUGGCAUAGGAGAUGGACCUAGUUCAUCUGCACAUCUAGCAGCAUGUCACAAUGGGAUCCACUACCGACUACUCUGACAACAUUUGGUCCAUUGAGUUCCGAGGUACAGGAAUCUUCAGGUUUCCUUUCCAAGUUCCUAAAAAAGACCAGGGAUUACAAUAAGGACAGUUCGAAGUCCCCCAACAGUUCUCGGGAAGUUUCUGUAGAGAGAGAGAAAGCCCCCCCAACAGUGGUCUCGGAGAAACCGACACACAAUGAGGGAGGGAGUGAUGAGGAAAGUGGGCGGAGCAGAGCAUCCUCUGGCAGUGAAUAUUCACGACAGACGUCAAUCAUUAUGCAGCAGAUGGCCAACAGGACCCGAUCUGGUGUUCUCAGUCGACUCAGUAAGAUCCUAGAGGGGAGGGAUGUGACACCUCAGACCUACAAGGACAGUGACUUUAAGCAGUACUGGAUGCCUGACAGCAGUUCCAGGGAGUGUUAUGAUUGUGGUGACCGUUUCACCACCUUCAGGCGCCGCCAUCACUGCCGGGUGUGUGGUCAGAUCUUCUGUAGUAAAUGCUGUAACCAGGAAUUACCAGGACGCAUCAUUGGGUAUAAAGGCGGCAUCAGGGUGUGCACAUACUGUGGCAAGGUGGCCCUGAGUGCCUUACAGACCGAGCCCACGGGAAACAUGCAUGUAGACAGUGAUGACCUGGGCAACUCUACAGAACUAGAACAAUCCUCACAUCAGAUCUGGGGCACCAAAGGGAGGUUAUCCACAGAUUUCGGCUCAUCUAGGGGUCUGAUGAAUCGCAGCAUCACCAGUCAGGAUUCUGUGGCAGAUUUUUGUCCGGAACAUAUUGAUGCCAUUGAUCCAAAAAUCCUUGUGGAUUCGGCUCAGUUGAGAGAGCUCUGGAGGAAGCUCCUGGACCCCCUGUCUGGAGUAGAGAUGCAGAGUCAUCGUGUCAAACUUAGUACAUACAAAAACUGUAUCAGUGGAAAUCGUGUGGUGGACUGGCUUCUGAAGACGGACAAAGUCGCUCAGAGACUGCAGGCUGUAGCAAUAGGACAAGCCCUUUUAGAUGCUGGAUUUCUGGAAACCAUUGCUGGACAACCCAAGGUCUUCCAUGAUGACUUCACACUGUACAAGCCUUCAGAGGCUUCCCCAGUUGAUCCACCAAAGACUGAAAUGACAGAUGUUGAAUCCACAGAACAGAGUACAGAGCCGGAGUGGUUCAAAUCCAUCCAGACAGAUGCUUCCUUAGAGGAAUUUUCAGCCUCUGAGGAUUUUGGGGAAUCCAGGGAGAUGAGGAAGACAAAGAGUUCCUUCAUAACGAGUCAGGAUAGCAAAAGCAGUGGAUCGAGACAAGAAAGUGACAAUGUUGACUUUGAGCCUCUGCCUAGAACAGACCUGGAUGGACUGGGUGGCCAGGAUGAUUUGAUCGCUGGUUCCAUGUUUACCAGCUCUCAGACCAUCACAGCAGACAAACUAACCAGUAUGAACAGAGGGUGGAGACACAUCGAGUCCCUCAAGGAGGAGAAUGGCGAGAGGGCAGCCUUCAUUAAACUCAGGGAUGCAUACAAAGACCACCUGAGAGAUUUGGCCAGUCAGAUGUUGACACAGGAGGGAUUGUCCAAGUCUUGGCUGGACAUCAUACUGGGCACUGCUGACCGUAUCAGUCGCUAUGUCUGCCCAGAUGUUAGGGUUGAAAAUGACCACAUGGACAUCAGGAAAUAUAUCAAGUUUAAAAAGAUUCCAGGCGGAAAUAAGGAACAGACUUGUAUGAUUCAUGGCAUUGUGUUCACCAAAAAUAUUGCCCAUAAAAAGAUGACUUGCCAGAUCACUAACCCUCAAAUCUUACUGAUGAAGGGAUCCAUCGAGUACCAGAGGAGGGUAAACAAAUUCUCCUCCCUGGAACCUCAAAUACUGCAGGAAGAAGAGUUUCUCAAGAACAACAUAUCUAAAAUUGCCUCUCUGAAGCCCCGCCCAGACAUUGUAGUAGUGGAAAAUACCGUGUCUCGUCUGGCUCAGACCUACCUCCUACAAUCCGGCAUUACGCUCAUCUUCAACGUCAAAAUGUGUGUGUUGGAGAGACUAGCGAGAUUCACCCAGGCCUGCAUAGUGCCAUCGAUUGAUAGCAUUGUCAGUGGUCCAAUAAACCUAGGCUUCUGUCACAACUUCAAGGUCCUGAAAUUCUCACUCCCACUGGGUGAGACCAAGACUAUGCUGUGCUUGGAUGGUUGUGCCACACACCUUGGAUGUACUGUCAUAUUGAGAGGGGGCACUGUCAGUGAACUCAAAAGGCUGAAAAAGAUAAUGAAGUGGAUGGUGUUUGUCUCCUAUCACUCCAAGCUAGAGAUAUCUUUCUGCAUGGAUGAAUUUGCUCUGCCAGUUAAUAAUUCCAAAGCAAACUCCUUGACAUCCGGUAUGGAUGAUUUAUCUGUCUCCAUGGAGGUUUAUCAGCCAACGGCUUCCAAAACUCAGGAGCAGACGACACCUGAUGAGGUGGCUUCCAUAAAUGAUGAGAAUGCAGAUGACGAGGGUCUACCCAUAACCGCCAUUGGGAUUGACAAGUACAGUGUUGGGAAUGGGUCACAGAACAUGGAAAGUUUCAGUAGUGAAAUGGAAGUUGAGAUAGUUGUUAACAUUCAAGAUUCUGAAAGUCAGGACAAGACAGGCAAGGCAGUGGAUGAAAAGGAGAUGAAAGAGAUGGAGACAGAAGUUAGCAAAGAAGUGGUGAUCAUUCAAGAGGAAACUCCCAUUAUUGUCAGUCAGCAAGACAGAAGAGAUGAAAUAGGUCUGGUAGUUGACAACAGAACAGAGAACUGUGUCAACAGAUUAACAGAGAAUGGGAGUCAGAAAAUGUGUGGGAAAGGAAGUCGGCAGUCCUCAGCCAAACACCCAGCGGGACUGGAGGUGUCAGAUCAGUCAGAUCCGCUGUAUAAUUACCAGAAAAACAAAGACGAGACGAUCUUCUUCAGCUCCCACACUCUACAGGAGAAAACAUUGAAGCACUGUCAGAAAUAUAAGAAACUUUUGAAAGAAGUGAUUCUUUCAUGUUCUCCUUUUAUCAGCUAUGAACUUCCCUAUCUGGAAACAGAGGAAGGGUCCUUAUGUUUCAACAGGAAAUUUUUUCCAGAGGAAAUUUACUUGUCUUGUCAUCUUGAACCUCAGACCCACCAAGAGAUGAAAAAGAGUAAGAAUGUUGACUACCAGCCCCCUGUGAAGAAGCCAGUGUUGAUGUGGUCCCAGGUGGAGGUGGUGGAGGCCCACCCACUCAUUGUUAGUCAGCUCUCGUUGCCUCUCACUGACAAGAAAAUGCAGGAGAUGCUUGCGGACUUUAGAGCACGAGGAGGAAGAUUAAAACUUAACUAUGACAAUCUUCCAAAGGGACCUGUCAUAACAUACGAAGCAAAGGGGCCAAAACCAACAAGUCAGAAAGCCCAGAAUGGGGCUCUGAAACCCACAGAAGGAGAGAGCCCCAAAAAGGCUCACACCAUGGUGGAUUGUUUGGACUUUGCUCAGCAUCAAAGAUUGGUUGUCUUACUCAGUAGUUAUUCUGAGAAGUCUGACAAUCACCCAAUGCCAUGUCUUCCUCCUCAGUUGGUCACAAUGGAAUUUUAUGGAAGUCAAGAUAUUACACUGGGUGGAUUUCUGGAAAAGUUCUGUUUUAGAGAGUCUUACUCCUGCCAGCCAUUCACCUGUACCUCAGCUACGUGUGAUGUCCCAAUGUUAGAUCAUGUCAGGAGAAUCAUCAACAGUAACGGUGCUAUUUAUAUCUCACUGAGGAAACUCACCAACUGUGUCCCCGGGGGUGAGAGGGCUCUGAUGAUGUGGAACUGGUGUAGGAAAUGUAGGCAGGCCACACCUCUUGUUCCCAUGAGUAUGGACAGCUGGAAUAUGUCCUUUGCAAAGUACUUGGAGCUUCGUUUUCAUGCUACUUCAUUUGUCAGACGAGUGGGGGCGGAUGAAUGUAACCACUCCCUACAUCAAUUCUUCAGCCAAUACUUUGGACACCGCAAUAUUGUAGCUACCUUCAAAUACUACCCAAUCACCAGGAGAGAGGUUGUGCAUCCCCCGCCAGUCAUAACUCUGGAAGUAGGAAUGCAGCAGUCUCACUGGAAAAGACUCAAGGAUGAAAUCCGAUUCUUAACCACAAAAUGCACAGAUAUGUUUGCCUCCAUCCAUACCUCCAUUGUGAACACUAACUGUGAAGCUCACCAGGAAACACUGAAUAAACUCAUCACGGACUACAAGGCCAUCAUCCCAACUGAGAAAAGCAGAAUAAAGGAUUUAGCAGAUAACACAAGGCAGCUGCUGGCAGACAUAUGGGUAGAUAUUGAUGGCAAAUCUGAUCCUAAAGAUAUGAAAGAGAGGCUGUACUUGAUUCAGGAUGACAUUGUUAAAAUAAAGCGGUUGUUAGCAGAUGCCAUUCAGAACUGGAAUCACAAAUUACAAGAGCUGAUAUCUCAACAGAAGAAAUACAACAAACAGGCAAAAAAGGAGGCCUCACCUCCCUUACCCUCCGAAGACGAUGGAAAAUUGAGUACAUCUGCUUCUUCUCGGCAUUCUGGGAUGGAGGAUUCACAUUCACUGACAUCCACAGCGGAAUUUACAGAGAUUGAUGCUUCUCAUGUGGCGGACCUGGAACGUAGACCUACCUCAGGGCCAGUGAAAAUAGAUCCAGUGGAAGGAAACUUAAAGGAGACUUUCGUCAAUGGUUUUGUCUUCAUAGACGAAGACUAUGCUCUGUCUACUGAGAGUAACGAGUACAGCGUGACUCCUGGGAUAGAUGCAGGUAUAUUAGAGGAUGCUCACACUCUGCCUCCCCGAUAUGGGGACACCACUCAUUAUGUAGUGGUGCAUCAUUGUGAAGAUGAUGGUGCUCUUGAGAAAUCCAGUGAACAUGCAGACAAGGACUCUGUACAGACUGAUGUGUCUAACAUGCUGAAUUCACAGGAUGUGGAGGGAACCAGUAAUGAGGACCAGCUAAAACCCAGCAAGUCAAAGAACAACUUCAGAAAAGUUGGUUCAUCAGAUGACAUCUUGGAUGGACAAAAAACCGACAGAAUAACAAACAUCAGAAGUCGGGUUUCAAAUUUUCUGGGAGGAUCUAACAUUCCUAAUGCUCUUAAGGUGAACUACAGUGAACACCACCAGCUGCCUGUUGGCAAGGUUCCAGUUCUGGUCUAUGAUGAGGAACCCAGCUCCAUUAUAGCUUAUGCUCUCGGAUCACACGAGUAUUACACUAAACUACAGGAGAUCCAAGUUUCAAUGACACCAAGGGACACAACUCAAACCAAAGAAUCCAAGACAAGCAGAGGUGGUGAUACUGACACUGGGUCAACAGACAGCCCCGAGUCUGGAAGAAAACAUGGCUCUGGUGUGUUGUCAUUUUUACGAGGGUCAAGUUCCCGAGAUUCAAGCCCCAGACGCCAGAGAAAGGCAGAAUAUGUGGACACGGUGAAAUACACACCUAAAGUAGACCAGGAUAGUGUUGAAAUAGAUGAGCAGGAUGGACUCUCUAUACUGACAACCAGUAUAACAAGCGACACGGAUAGAGGACGCGCAAACAGACAGAUACCCUUGCUUCACAUCCAGCUUCAAUUUUCAGAUAGCACAGCCAAGUUCUAUUGUAAAAUCUACUUUGCUGAGCAGUUCCGACAGCUGAGAAAACUCAUCUUCCCACAAGGAGAGGAAAUGUUUAUCCGAUCACUCAGCAGGUGUAAAUUAUGGGAGGCUAAGGGAGGUAAAUCUGGCUCAGCAUUCUGCAAAACACAUGACAACAGAUUUAUCCUGAAGCAGAUGUCCAGCACAGAGGUGGAGAUUUUUGAGAAGUUUGGUUUUGAGUAUUUUCAGUACAUCAGCAAGUGCUAUGUGGAGCAGAGACCUACAGCACUUGCCAAAAUUGUGGGUGCCUUCAGAAUUGGUUUUCACAACAGUCAGACCAAUAAUGACUUAAAGCAAGACUUACUGGUGAUAGAGAACCUGUUCUAUAAUCGCAAUAUUUCACAGACAUUUGACCUGAAAGGUUCUAUGAGGAAUCGUCUAGUGAACACUUCCAGAGGUCAGAAGUCGGAACAAGAGGUGGUGCUACUGGACGAAAAUCUUCUCAAGUUGAGUGUGGACUCCCCAUUAUAUGUUUAUCCACAUUCCAAGACGGUGUUAAAUCGAGCCAUAGAGAAAGACUCUGAAUUCCUGGCCAACAACUUUGUCAUGGAUUACUCCCUUCUCGUGGGUAUCGACGAGGGCAAGAAAGAACUUGUUAUUGGUAUCAUAGAUUAUAUCCGCACAUUCACAUGGGAUAAAAAACUGGAGAUGUUGCUGAAGUCAAGAGGAGGAUUACAGCCCACAGUUGUGUCCCCUGAUAUCUACAGAACACGGUUCCUAGAUGCCAUGGGGAGGUACUUUCUGCCUGUUCCAGAUCAGUGGAGCUUUCUUGGCAGAGAAAUCAGUUACUGAACAGGAAAUACUCCUUGUACUUGUUAGUUUGAAGAUUAAAACAACACAUCAUUGUCUUUAAAUGCGAGACCAAGACUUAAUCACAAAGUGUUCAAGCAGCAGACAAAGUCUGAGGUUUUCAACUUCACUCAAAAUUCAUUGUGUAUUACAUUAUUGUGGUGUAUCGCGCGAGAGAAUCCAUAUUCUUGUCCUCCGUCGGACACUAAGUGAGGACAAGUAUUGAUGAUGAGUAAAAUGACGGCAUUUGGUCUGUGAUACUCAAUCCGUGUGCCAAAAUUUUGUUAAUUUUAUAUCAAGUUUCUCAGAAUCAGCGAUGGUAGUUGUAAUUGUGUGGUUUUUUUAGCAAAUGACAAUGCGUACACUUGUUUCAGAAAUUUCCAGGAUAUAUAAAUUAAUUAAUUGCGUUAAUCAUGCAAAAUGUAAUAGACUCGAUACUCAAAUGAAAGUACCGCCAUGUCCUUCAGUGUGUUGUGAUUAUUUCUUAUUACAGUACAACAUGCAUAUUAUAGCAAAGUGCUGGGGAUGAACAAUUUUCAUUCUUAUAAACAUAAUUUGUUACAUCCAAUGAAUAGAUGUUUUAAUACUAUGGAGAAUGAAAAUGACUUUGCUGUAAGCGUGAAUUCAUUAUAAACAAGUUUGCUGUAACCAUGGUUUACUAUAUAGGUAUUUAAUCACCAUGUGUUAUAAUACAUUCCUCUAAGCAUUAGUGUUCAUUUCAGAAAAUGUGCAAUUUACAUGAAAGAUGUGUUUAGUAUAUAUGAUAUGCCAUAUAAUGGAUUAUAUUAAAAAAGUGAUAAAUGA